AUGGCUCGCUUGAUGCUGUUACUUUUGCUGAUCGCCCCAUUGACUCUUACCACUUACGCGGACAGCGGGCAAAAGGUAAUUAAGUUAAAAAUAUAUAUUGCGUUUAGUUUUCGCCGAGACACUUUAAAGUGACCUUUCGGCCCUUUCUGUCUUAUUGAACGCCAUGGCGUUUACUUUCCUACUAAAUAUUUUAUCCUGCGGCCUGUUCGGGCUGCACUAUCGAUGCUUAAUGAACGCGUUUUUGUCAGCCGAGCAAAUCUAAUUAUUAUGCCUUUAAAGGGUGAUGUGAAAAGUAGGGUAUCCGUUUACACUAUAGCGAAAGUAAUGACUCUGAAGUAUUGGUGGUAAUAUAAACUAGACGCAGUUAAUCGAUAAACCGAUAAUCGAUAGUAAUUGAUAGUAAUCGAUAUCAAUCAUCGAUAAAUAUUGAUUUCCGAUAUCGAUCGAUAGAAAUCGGUAAAGAAAAAAGUUGUGACUUCGAUUUAUAUUUAUGAUUUUCCGAUGGAAAUCGAUAAUUAUUUUUAUCGAUUGUUAUCGAUUUUGUUAAUCGAUAAUAAUCAAUAAAUUAUUUUUCUCUGUGACUACGAUUUCUAUCGAUUUCCGAUAUCAAUUGAUAUUGAUCGGGUGAUUAAAUCGAUUAAUAUCGAUGAUAUCGAUUGAUUUCCGAUAUCGAUUUUUAUCGAUUAACUACGUCUGGUGUAAAUACUACUGACGAAGAUACUCAUUUUAAUCAAUUUGCUACACAUGUGUUUUUCGCAGACCUAUACAUUCAAGGUAUCCAAAGAUAUGUACGAGAGUAUCAAAGUUGAUGCCAACAAGGAAUCCGAGACCUUUUCUCAGAGUUUUGCGUCGUCAGGCAAAAAGGAAGGAGACUUUGUCUACGACUUUAACAGGGUCAGUAACUAACAUAAAAGAUCAAACAAGUCAAACUCAUCUAAAUUUGGAGUCUUUUUUUUUGUUUUGACAAAGAACUGAACUCAUUUUUUUAUGCGAUUUAAAUAUUUCGUUUCUCCGAAUUUUUGGCUUAAAAACUUGAAAUUAAAAAAGAGAAUAAAAGGUUAAAAAUCCGAAAUUAUCAGUGCACAGUUUUGCGAAAACGUCUCUGAAAUGGCCACAAAACAGUAUUUUUAUUUCUUUAUUUUUUGUUUUUUUCUGACGAGAACAUUAAGCUGUUUUAGAUAGUCCCGCAUUUUUGCAUCAAAAUGUCGGUGCAGAAACCAUUCCAGCACAUUUCUCCAAAACUUUUCAAACCGCUCAGUGUACGACCAAAACUAUAAGGAGGGCUUAAAAGCAAGAGAAUGAUAUGUACAUUUUCCAAGGCUGAAGGCCAAGUUCGCGUUGAUAAAUUUUUGAUUUACUUCAAACAAUAAACUUGUAACUACAUGUAUUGGAUGUAAACCACUUGGAGUUGAGCCUGCCGUCAGCUGAAAGGUAGUAACUUAUUAGCGGAUAACUUAAAAAAAUUACAAAUUACAAAUAAUUUACAAAUAAUUACUUAUUUGUCUAUUGAUCCUUGCUUCGUAUUGGCUUGAAUUUACUGCAGAACUUAACGAUGAUUCGAUUGCCAAAGGCAAAGGGCUGCUUUUUAAGAUACUCCAUCGGGAACGUUCCUCGACCUGCUGACUUGCUGAAACAAUUACAAUCGGUAAGUGUCUGAGGACCUAUGACAAACAUGGUUAAAAUUAGUGUUUGGCUGAAUUAAUCUCUUAAUGAAGGAUUUUUUAACUAACCUGUAGGUUGCGUCCUCAAUGCAUGAGAAUACCAAGAGCAACAUCAUAACUGUGCGUUUAUUCCCUUCAACUUCGGAAUAAUCUCGGUACAUAUAAGCGUUAUCAACCUCGACCUUCGGCUCGGCUGAUAACAUUUUUCUUGACCUUGAGUAUUCUGGGUAUCACCACGUUCAAAAAUUGUUUAUAAUCACUUUUACCAACAACAUUGGAGAGAUUCGCUAAAGUUAUUUAUUUAUUCCUUUGUUAAAACUUGCUGAUCCGUGCAACCUUUUGAUAACUGUUCCACUCGAAAUCGUUUAUUUUUUCACGCUGGUUUCCAUCAUCUACAGGUGCAGAAAAGUACCGAUUCUAAAAUGACCACUACGUCUGAGGAAAAUUUCAAGGUUGUUGGCAAACUGAGAGACCGUUCGGACUUGAGCGACGAGAUGAAGGAUCUAUGCGCAAAGUUGCCAAUUUACCGAAUCCGGAAGUUGGAAAAGAAACAGAAUGACGACGCUUAUCAAAUGGAAGACGAUGUGGAACAGUCCGAUGAAGUAGAUGAUGCACCAGAGAGGGUGGCUAGAGGUAAUAAAAUGAUUAAAUGGAUAUCAAGUUCUUGAAGAAGCUAUAACAACUUAACAGAUCGCUGUCAACAGCAUGAAAAGUUUGGAUGGCCUUACAAUACUAUAAGAACGAACCAUGUGGCAUCUUCACUUUCUUUAAAGAACCCUAUGCUGAAAGCUAUUUUAAUUUAAAACAGAUUCAACAAAAUCAGAAACAUGAAUAACUUUUCCAUAGUUUUAAGCCAACUUUUGUGUUUUCAAUCUUAAACCAUGGCCCGUCCACACCUAUUGAUCCGAGCAGGGGAAAACGCAUACUAAUAUUUCCGUUUAUUUAGUUUGGUUGUUCCCGGUUUGGAUUCACCCAUCGACAAGAAUACGCUGCUUCAAUCAACAUUUGCUAACUAGUUUCCACUCUUCUUCAAUCAAUGGCCAGGCCUGCCUAAUAUGUUUAAAAUUAAAUUACCCGGAAAGGGUUUAUCGGGCAGCUAUGAAUGGAUAAUUCGUUUACCCAACCAUUUACAGGCGAAAAAUAGUAACCUUGAUCAGCUUCACAGUUCUGCCUUUGUGUUGUCCUACUAGGCACUUGUAAGCUUAGGACGAACCUAAAACCGUCUUGCACGAGGCCGAUGAGUCGAACAACAGGUUGUUGUUGUCCACCACCCGAGUUUAAAUUUGCAAGUUCUCUUUUUAGCCUAAACUCCAGUUUUGGACGUAGUUGAAUUUAAAAAUAUCCAGUUUCAAUCGUCUAGUACGAAUCGUAUUUUAAAAAGAGAACGAGUCAGCGACUUCUAAAAGAUGCCGUUUCGGCGAGGGGGAUUCACUAGUUUCACAGAGCCUAUUCGUGUAAAAAAAAUCCUUUUUUAAAAAAUAUCCGGAAUCAUGUUGACGGGCCUUAAACAACUUCUUAAAAAGUGUUUAAAAUUUUGUGGAAGACAAAGCGUCUUAUCAACUCUGUGUAUCAGGGUAUGACCCUGGUAGUGGUUGUCCUUUAUCUAUUAGCCACACACUGUACAAGAAUUAUCCACGCAUCUCACAAUAUUUUAAUUAAUGGACACGUCUGUCUUUAUAACGACUGACUACCCUAAUUCGAAGCUGCUCAUCAGUUUCGGAUUUGAAUAACCUGUAAUAGUUAUAACCUUUUGUGCCCAUAGGUCUCGUCCGGAAAUGGGUGUGCAGACGAGUUUGUAAACACAUACGCACAUGCGUCAAAGUCCCAAGAAUUAGCUGCAGUUGGAGAGGCUGUAAAACUUCCUGGCGCUGGAACUGCUGGAUCAUAAAGACCAUAUGCCCCUAUACCUGCUACUGGGCUUUGAUCAAGCUUGGCUAA